AUGCCUAAAGUUCCAUACGAUAUGUAAGUCUGUUACUAAGUAAGACCAUGUAUCUGAUGCUAAUUAUAUGCGAUAUACAGCAUCGCGGCUUCGAAGCCAUUUCGGUUUCUCAUUGGGCCGAAUAAGAAUGAGUGCUUCAUGCACGCCGAAUUAGUCGCACGAAUGUCUAAGCCACUAGACACAUUAAUCAACGGCAAGUGGGUAGAGAAUGAGAAAGGCUUGGUCGAGUGGUCCGAGAUCGACGAGGGAACCUUCGCUCGCUUCUGCGAAUUCGCCUAUACAGGCGAUUAUCAGGCCGCAGCACCCGUCCGCGUGGCGCCUCCUACACCUCUGAGCACAGAAAAUGUAGAUCAAAUCGCGAUUAAACAGAUAAACGAGUCUUGGCUAUUAUACAACAAGAGAAUGAAGACGAAGACGGUUACUUACGACUACUCCGAAGUUUUUCUAUCGCACGCUCGUUUAUACGCUUUUGCCGACUACUACUCCAUCGAGGAUUUGAUGGAGCUGAGUAUUCGGAAAUUGGACGAGCAAAUGGGAUGCUUCAACCUCCAUAACGGAGGGAGGGUAACUGAUGUUGUCCAGUUGAUCGACUUCUCGUAUAAGAACACACGGAGUGACUCGGUUAAGCAAGAUCGAUUGAGAAACACGCUUUCUAUUUAUAUCGCUCGUCAUAUUAAGGAGCUUUGGCCGAAUACUGAUUUCCAAGGCAUUUUGGAGUCAGGGGGGGUUGCGAAAGAUGUAAUUGAAAAAUUAGGGGGUGUUUAGGACAAUAAUCUUUUUUUGAUUUACGGGUCCAUAGUGGAGCUUCAGCCAUAAGUUCAGCACUGCGUUUGUAUGUAUCAGUGGACUGAACCUUGCAGCCGUGUUGAACUGAACUUUGAACUGACUGAACUGAUUGAACUGAAUCAAUUAAACUGUUGAUUUAAUUGUUGAUUGUACUGUUGAUAUAUGAGGC